AUGUCUUCUAAGUUGUCUUCUAAUUAUCCGUCUCUUUUAAUUUCCAAUCAUAAAAGUUGUUAUGUUUUUCUUGUUCUUAUUUAUGUGUGCAUUCUCAUGUUUCUCCUUUCAUUUAAGUAUGAAAUAGAUGAAGUUCAUGAGAUCACAAAACCAUCUUGGUUUGAAUUUAUAGUGAGUGAUUUUCAUAGCAAAAUGAAAAUUAAGAUAGGUUUAGUUAACAUCGAUCCAAGAGCAAUGGAUGAAAAACUAGACACAGUUAGAUCGCAAGUAGAUAUUAUACCCAUCAUUUUCGAUCGAGUUGAUGAGAAUUUAAGAUGGAAAGAUUUUUUUCCAGUAUGGAUUGACGAGGAAGAAAAAAUGCAUAAGCCCAAAUGUCCAAAUAUACCUAUGCCAGCUUUUGAGAAUUACAAAAAUCUUGAUGUUGUGGUGGCUAGGGUUCCAUGUGGGGGGCCAUCAAUGGAGGAAGAAGGAAUUAGAGAUGUGUUUACGUUACAAGUGAAUUUAGUGGUGGCUAAUUUGGUUGUGGAAACUAAGUGGCUAGAAAAGUUGAAGAGUGAUCAUGGAAAUAUAUAUGUUGUUUUUAUUGGAUCUUGUAGUCCCAUGGUUGAGAUUUUCAGAUGUGAUGAUUUAUUGAUCCAUCAAAGUGAUUAUUGGGUUUACAAACCUGAUUUGAAGAAACUCAAACAUAAAACUCUUAUGCCUGUUGGAUCAUGUCAGAUUUCUCCGGGUAAUGCAGAAACAGGCAAAGAGAUAUGGCCGAGUUUUUUAACGCAAUCACUGGGGAACAAUAAGAGUACUAUGCAUAUUCCAAAACUAGCUUAUGUAACUAUUCUUCACUCUUCAGAAAAUUAUGUUUGUGGUGCAAUUGCUCUUGCACAAAGCAUUAUUUUAUCUCAUAAAAGUAUAAUUGAUCCCAUAGAUCUUGUUCUUUUAGCCGAUGAUUCAAUUGGUCCUGAAUCCAUUAGAGGUUUAAGAGCUGCAGGUUGGAAAAUCACACGUAUUCAACGUAUCAGAAGUCCAUUUGCCAACAAACAUGCAUAUAAUAGAUGGAACUAUAGUAAGCUACGUAUAUGGCAACUCACCAUGUAUGACAAAAUAAUUUUCAUAGAUUCUGAUUUUUUAGUAUUGAAGAAUAUUGAUAAUUUUUUUGCUUACCCUCAAAUAUCAGCUUCACCUAAUAAUAAAGUAAUAUUCAACUCUGGUUUGAUUGUAGUUGAACCAUCUCAAUGCAUGUUUGAGAACAUGAUGAAUAAAACUUCUAAGGUUAAACCGUAUAAUGGAGGUGACCAAGGUUUCUUGAAUGAAGUAUUCACAUGGUGGCAUAGGUUACCAUCAAAAUUAAACUACAUGAAAUCCUUUAGGAAUAUAGAUGAUUAUAAGCAUCAGAUACCAGAAGAUGUGUAUGCUAUACAUUAUUUGGGGGUGAAACCAUGGAUGUGUUAUAGAGAUUAUGAUUGUAAUUGGGAUUUGCAAGAUCAUCAUGAAUUUGCUAGUGACUCAGCUAACGAAGUUUGGUGGCAACUUUAUGAUAGUAUGCCAACACAUCUGCAAUCAUAUUGUGCAAUGACAAGAAAAUCAAAUGAAAAUUUUGUGGCUAACAAAAAUAAAGCAAGAAAUGCUAGUCUUCCUGAUGGACAUUGGAGAACCGAGGUUAAGGAUGCUAGAAAGAUGGAAUAUUUAAAUUAG